CCAGGGAAGAGGGGGCUCUGCUGGACCCCACUCAGAGAGCCCUCUACAGAGACGUUAUGCAGGAGAACUAUGAGAACGUGACCUCACUGGGGUUUCCAGUUUCCAAACCCUAUGUGAUCUCCCAGCUGGAAGGAGGGGAAGAGCCAUGGGUCCUGGAUCUCUCUGGUUCAGAGGAAAGUGAGAUCCUGAGAAGUCCCUGCACAGCAGAUGAUGGGGUGGUGAGGGAGAGUGAGGAGCAGAAUCCUCACCAGGAAGAUGCUGAGCUAGCCGAAGCGCAUGGGGAAUUACUGCAAAGAUCCAAAGGGAAUGUGUCCAGGUGCCACGAGCUGGGAAAAGCUGAUGAAAGUUACCUCAGACCAGAGAGAGAGCAGGGAAACCACUCAGAGGAGAAAGUGGAUGAACCCAUUAAUUGUCAGGGAACUCACAAGGACCUCAAGGAAACUACAGCCCAGGAGAAAAUCCUCACGGAAAUGAGAGAGUAUACAUGCAGUGAGUGUGGGAAAAACUUCAAUUGCCACUCAGCCCUUAUUCGACAUGAAAUAAUCCACAUGAAAGAGAGACCCUAUGAAUGCAGUGAGUGUGGGAAAAGCUUCAAUCGUAUGUCAGCCCUUAUUAGACAUCAGCGAAUACAUACAGGAGAGAGCCCCUAUGAAUGCUGUGAGUGCAGGAAAAGCUUCACUCAGUGGGGAGGAGGCAGCAGCAGGGGCAGGCAGGUGACUGGCAGUUGUGGGGAGAUUGUUAAAUGAACAUUGGAGAAUUAGAGAGAAAAUGGGCCAAAAUCUGAAAAGAUUAGAGAAAGUGUCAAUCAUUGCUCCAUCAGCACCGACCCUUCAUGGAGCCGUCGCUGCUUUUACACCUGAGAGGAGACUUCCUAUCUGACUCUUGCCUACAGAACCAUGGUAGGAGGUGGUGACCUAGUGAAGCUGACUUGAGGCUGAUGCGAGGUGAGCAAAGCCAGACCAGCUUCCCAGCUAGACCCAAUAUGGGAUUGAAAGCCGGGACGGUGGGUGGGCCUGGGUUCCCCUACGUCAGUGGUUCACAACCAGGGGUACACGUACACCAGGGGGUACACAGAGGUAUUCCAGGGGACCAUCAGCUAGUCUAGAUAGCUAACUAGUUUUACAACAGGCUGCAGAAAAAGCACCAACAAUGUCAGUCCAAAAUAAAUUUCCAUACAGGCA